GGAAGAAAAGCAGCAGCAACAAGGGAGCAUCCUUCUCAGGGCGCAGCCUGGAUGGAGGCGGCGGGAGGACAGGCUGAGGCUGCCUGCCUCUGAGGCCUCCCUUCUUCCACCCCAGAGCUGGCCAUGGGGGGCCUGCCUGCAGGGGCUCGGUUGCAUUGGCUGCCCUUGGUCGUGCUGUGGCUGAGACAGGGGUCUGCACGGGAGGAGGCGGGAAGCACAGGAAAGAGAGAGAUAGUCACCUCCCAGACACACCAUGAAAUCAUCAUUCCUCUGUGGAGGGCAUAUGGAAGUCCUGGAAAUAAUCAAUAUCCACCCAGAGCAGAAGUCAGUAUAACAGCGGAAGGAAGAAAUCUUAUCUUGGAUGUCGAGAAGAACAAAUACCUCUUUGCCCCAGGCUACACUGAGACUCAUUAUACCCAAAGUGGACUUCCUCAAACUAUCAUGCUGAACAACACAGAUCAUUGUUUUUACCAUGGUAUAGUGAGAGGGAUAGAAGACUCAAGUGUGGCACUCAGCACAUGCAACGGUCUACGUGGCCUUAUAGUAUUAAGAAACAACCUGAGUUAUAUCUUGGAGCCACUUCCUCACAAUCAGAAGCAGCACUUGAUCUACAGGUCCGAACAUCUCAAGGUUCCCAGGGGAAGCUGUGGAAAUCAGAAUUCAAAGUUUUGGGCCAGGGACUGGUUGAAUGAGCUGGCAUCCCAAGCUGAGUCAGGUCAUCACAGGAUAAAGAGGGAUGAUCAGCAGUCUAUGAAAUAUGUGGAGCUUCUUUUGGUAGCUGAUUUUGCUGAGUUUCAGAAGCACAAUUAUGAUCUCCAAGCAACCAAGAAUAAGUUAGUGGAAGCUGCCAAUUAUGUAGAUAAGUUUUAUAAAUCUCUGAACAUACGGAUUGCUCUGGUUGGACUUGAAGUCUGGAAUGACCACAAUAUGUGUGAGAUCUCUGAAAAUCCACAUUCAACCUUAUGGUCCUUUCUGUCUUGGAGGCGAAAAAUUCUCAAGUAUAGAAAACAUGACAAUGCCCAACUGAUCACUGGCAUGUCUUUCCAUGGUACUACUAUAGGCUUGGCCCCUCUGAUGGCCAUGUGUUCUGCCUAUCAGUCUGGAGGAGUGAAUAUGGAUCACUCAGACAAUGCCAUUGGAGUUGCAGCCACAAUGGCCCAUGAGAUGGGGCACAACUUUGGCAUGAGCCAUGACUCAACUGGCUGCUGCACUGCCAGUGCCAAAGAUGGAGGGUGCAUCAUGGCUGCUGCAACAGGGCACCCAUUUCCCAGGGUUUUCAAUAGUUGCAAUAAGAAAGAGCUGGACCGGUAUCUUCAGUCCGGUGGCGGGAUGUGUCUCUAUAACAUGCCAGAUACUAAGAUGUUAUAUGGAGGACAGCGAUGUGGAAAUGGUUACCUGGAAGAAGGAGAAGAAUGUGAUUGCGGAGAGGUGGAGGAAUGUAACAAUCCUUGUUGCAAUGCUGCCGAUUGCUCUCUGAAGCCCGGUGCCGAAUGUGCUCAUGGAACUUGCUGUCACCUGUGCAAGUUGAUUGCACCAGGAACUCUUUGCCGGGAACAGGCUAGAUCAUGUGACCUGCCCGAAUAUUGUACAGGCAAAUCCCCUUUCUGCCCUGCAAACUUCUACCAGUUGGAUGGUACUCCAUGUGCAGACGGAAGAGCCUACUGCUACAGUGGGAUGUGCCUCACGUAUGAACAGCAGUGCGUGCAACUCUGGGGUUAUGGAGCAAGGCCAGCACCUGACCUCUGCUUUGAGAAGGUUAAUGCUGCAGGAGAUUCUUAUGGGAACUGUGGAAAGGACAUCUAUGGCAGAUACAAGAAGUGCAAUACAAGAGAUGCAAAGUGUGGCAAGAUACAGUGUCAGAGUUCUGCUUCCAAGCCUUUGGAAUCCAAUGCUGUUGCAAUUGACACAACCAUUUUAUUAAAUGGAAGGCAGAUCCGCUGUCGUGGAACUCACGUAUAUCAAAAUGAAGAAAAUGAAGGAGAUAUGUUGGAUCCUGGAUUAGUGAUGGCCGGAACAAAGUGUGGAGACAGUCAUAUUUGCUUUGAAGGACAUUGUCAAAACACUUCCUUUUUUGAAACUGGAGACUGUGAGAAGAAAUGCAAUGGUCAUGGAGUUUGCAACAACAAUCAGAACUGCCAUUGUUUCAGUGGAUGGGCACCUCCAUUUUGUGAUAAAUCCGGGAAUGGGGGAAGCCUGGACAGUGGCCCCAUGCCUCCAAAAAAUCUUCUUGCUAUCACAGUAGGAAUCCUGGUUUCUAUUGUGUUUUUGAUUGUGAUUGGAGUGGUUUUUUGCUACUAUAAAUGGAGAACCAAACUUGUGCCACUAAAGAAGAUGAUCACAAUCCCCAAGAAAACUCAGCAAUUCAGCACGACUCCUCCUAUUCAGAAUGUUGCAAAUGGUCAUGCCAACCCAGCCUUCAAACUGAAAACCCCACAGGAGCAGAGAAAGGUUCUUGGCAUACAGAAUAUUCCUCCUAAACCAGAAGUACUUUACUGCCAACCGCCACCUGAGCUUGGAGUCCAUGCCCGACCUCCACCUCCUCUCCUGGCUAACUACACAAGGAAUCCUCCCAUUCCAGGAGGGCAGAGUGAGACUAAGAAUUUACCCCGAAGGACACCGCCCAAUAGGCCAGCACCUCCAGCUCCAAAGGUCACUGUUUCACAGAAUUCUUCUCGGCCCCAACCACCUCAGAAAGCUCUCCCUGCUAAUCCAGUUCCUGAAAACAACAGAGCUGGGAUGCCCAGGAUAAAUACAGGCACAGCAGCAGGACCACCACACGGUUCUUCAAGGAGUGUGGGAGUACAUAGGACCUUGACAGAGGACUCGGCAAUCAAGAGUACUGGAGCAGUGAAUACCCUGAAGUUUCAAAGAUGAAAUGUAGCUUGAAACUGUACAAUCCACAGCAGUGUCUUUCUGGUUUGACCUGGGAUUUCCAUGGGCUUCUUUUCCAGGAAGAUGACAUAAGGGGUCAUGUGCAAGUCUCAAAUUACUCUCUCACUUCUCAUGUGACUCACAGAGGCCAGUUUCAGGGCUGGUUUGAGCAAAAAGAUCUACCAAUUUUGACACAGGUAGAUGCAACUCUUUUGGAAAUGAGAGGGGAUUCCAGUAAUGCACACCAAAUUUUCUUGACCUUCUUAAACUUUUCUCUCUUUUUUUACAUUGCAAGAUUUACAUGCUUUAAAUGGUGCUCAUGAGUUAUAGUGCAAUAUACUGAAAUGAGAAAGGGAGAGGCUUCAAUUUUUCUCCCAAAUGACAAGCUAUAACCAUGAGCCAAUGCAUUUUUCUCAGCUUUCUCAGAACACCAAUGAACACUGUUCAAAUCAUAGUCUUAUGAAGAAGGCAAAACUCCUCAUAUGCCCCUGCCAUUACCCCAUGGCUAAUCAAAUUGUCUCUAAAGUACUUUAUGACAUAUGGAACACUUCCCUAGUCUUGCUGAAUUUUGCAGUAUAAUAUUUUUGUAGUAGGUUUUUCGCCCAUCUUCUAUGAAAAUCUUCAAGGCCUUGUUCUUUAACGUGUGUAUUUUGCCCAUUUGUGGGUUCUCCUGUCCUUUUGUGGGUUGAAUUAUCCACUUCUUCCAGCCCAAUAUUGAUAUCAGCACAACAGAGUCUGUUUGGCUACACAGAUUGCGGGGAGGGUUUUCCAUGAGAGCAUAUUGUUUUCUGCAACAAACUUCAUGGGCUCCAAUCAUCCCUUCAUCUGCCCUUUCAGUCACAGCUGUGUUUGUAUCACAUUUAUAUGUAAACAUCUGCCAUGCCCCUUCCUGUAGGUGAGAAUUUAGAAGUACAUGUUAUUAGAAACAUUAGAACCAAGAGGGCCAAUCCAUCCCGAAUACAGACUGUUGCCAGAUGCAUCUUAUGUGAACUCUUUCUCUGUGCUAAAGCUAGUACAGGGUGAAAGAUUUCAAUGUUGGGAAAUAUGCCAUCCCUCCUUAAUUUUUAAGUUUUUCACUCAGACGAUCCAGAGUACAUGACCACUGUGAGGGUUUAUGUGAAUUGUAGUACAAAAGACAGAGGGCCAGAGUUCCCCACUCCUGUUAUAAGAGCAGUUUCUUAAACCAUCAUAUGCAGAAUAUAGUGCAAACUAAUUUUCAGAUUUGCUGUUAAAUGAAUACAUGAUUGGAGCCAUGCCUUGCCACACACACCAUAUCCUUAUAUUCUUUGAUGCGUUCAUGCUUUUUCUUACAUGAACAUUACAUUCACAUAAAACAUAUUAUUGCUUGAAGCAGCAUCAGAUUUCAAAGUCUGAAUCGGCCCUGGUUAGUACUUGGAUGUGAGAAUAUCAAAUGCUGAGUGCUAUCUUUCAGGGAAAAUGGACUGACUAACCACUUCUGAGUAUUUUCUGCCUAGGAAAACCCCCUAUCAAAUUCUUGAGGUUGCCAUAAGUGAAGACUUGAAGGCACACAUACACACACAUAUACACACACACGUGUCAGUUCUGUCUACCAUAUUUUUAACACAGUUUGUUGUUAUUGUAUAUUUUCAAAUCAUUUCCAAUUUAUGGAGACCUUAAGGUUUUCUUGCCAAGAUUUGUUCAGAGAGUGUACAAUUGGUAUCAUUUUAGUGUAUUUAUCUUUCAUUUGGACUGGACUUGUUUACUCAGGAAAUUUGCUCUUUUAGGAUAAUUACACUCAGGAUAACUGCACCCUUGGCUCACAAGCUAGAUUUUUCCAAAUUCAUGCUUGGUGCUGGUCAACUAAGGGUUGAUGUAUACCUUGUCUGACUUAAUCCUCAUUUAGUUGAAUCAACUAAUAUUAGGCAAUUUGGAAAUAAUUUUAGAUUAAAUCUUAGUGAAAUGUCCUCUCAAUCUUUCUAAUUUGUAGUUGGUUUUGAAGCAAUUUUUAAAAAUCUAUGGCAAAUUUGUGAUAAAACAAAGCCUUCAGACAAGACACUAGAAGUGAACUAGAAGUGAUCCCUAGCAUAAAAGAGAUCUAGCACUAAAGGUUAUUGCAUUAUCACAGUAUUUUGCUACACAUCAUCUCAAGGGUAGAUCAAAGCUCAUAAAUUUUGCGCCAUCCUCUGGAUCCCAUGUUCCAAUUAUUUUAUGGUUAUAGAACCACCCAUCUAAUUCAGUGUCCAAUUGGCUCAAACGAACAACUAUGUUUCUUCUUUGUUCUUUAACUAUUAGACAGCUGCUUAUAUCCAUCUUUCAAAUACAGUGGAUCCUUGAUAUCCACUGGGAUUUGGUUUAAAGGCCUCUUUAAAUCAAAAGAUCUAGAGAUCAAAAUCCUUGGAUCCUCAAGACCUAUUAUAUACAAUGGCAUAUCAAAAUAAUAUCCCUUAUAUAAGAUGGCAACAUCAAGGUUUUUAAAAAAGAUUUUUAAAUGGUGGAUAGUUUAAUCAAUGGAAACAGAACCAGUGGAUGCAGAGGGCUUACUGUAAUUGGGCAUCUUGGUGCAAACUAGGUUUUUUGCAUAUUUCCUUGUCUGCAACAUUUUUUCUGAUUUGAGGUUUCACAAACAUUAACUCAGGCUUAGAAAAAUCUGCAGGCGGGUAUCCUUUGCCCUGUGGAGUUUUUAAAUUUGCUUUGCAAUAUUUUGGUGCUAAAUAUAGGGAGUUCUUUAAUUUAUUAACCUUUAAGAGAUUGACCAUGAACCAAAACAAUCUAUCAAGGUGCUGUCAAUACAGAGAAUUCAUGUUUUGCUGACUGCAGUACUAUUUUUUGAAUUACCCGUGUUUACUUCAGGUUUGGUUAUCCUCUUUUAAAAUGCCCCAGAUCAAUGCUACUUCAUACAGGUGAAAGACCAAAUAGAAACCCAACAUCAUGGUACUACAAACAUGUUCUAAACUGCACUUAACAGCAACUGCUGUAUCCUAACUUGUACCUUUUCUUCCUGCCAAUGACUACAUGUCUUCUGUACCAAUAUCCAAGAUGGAAAAUGUUUGUCUCUAGAAUAUGAAGUAGUCAUCAGAGCUGGUCUCUGUGUUUUAAAUCUUAUGCCCUAUCAAGGUAAUGUGAUGAGUAAUCCUUCACUGAAGACUGUGAAAGACCAAGAGGCAAGAAACAUCUUAAUCUAACCCUUCAUAAAUCCUAAGUCUUGCCACUGAUUUCAUGAAGCCUCCAUCUCACCCUUCUCAGAAUACUUCAAAGAACUAUGUCCAAUGAAAGUAUUUAUGGUGGAAGGAUUAAUGUCACCAGCUCUCAGAAGGAACUAUUUUUAAAGUUCCAUGUUGAAAACAUUAGAACUCUUCUUCCCUUUUAGUGCUGCAAAAUUUUGGCAGUAUCAUCAAUCCCCAUCUUCUGUGAUGGAAACCAAGAUUCUCCGUGUAUUGAAAUGGCACCAAAUGGCUGCUCUAUAGCUGAUGUGCCAUGGAGGUAAUCUAUAUUGGCUCAAUUUUCCUUUGCAGAUUUUUUUAAAAAGCCUUUUCAGUACUGGGGAUCAAUAACCUUAUUUCAAACCAAUAAGUCCUCAUAAAUAUUGUAUUUUUAUGUUAUGAUGAAAUGGGAGAAAAAUAAUUAAAUGUGGGUCCAGUUCUAUGCAUGUUCACUUAGGAGCAAGGCCCACUGAAUGAUGGCAGACCUUGCAUCCAAGAAAACAUACACAGAGGUUCUCAUUUUUCUGAUUUUGGGAGAGCCAAUGCACCAUGUGUCCACAUUUUAUGUGCUGCAAGUUUACAAUAUGGUAUCUGUGCAUCUAUGCAAAUACUUGAAUAAUGCAGUUUGUUGUGCCUUUUGCUUAGUUAUAUUUAAUAAAAAAAUCUGGUUUUUAUUGCA